AUGGAGGCUCCGGCCGUUUUGUGGGUCAAUUAUGAUGCUCAAAAUAUGAAAACAUUGCCGCAUCGGCACCGGGUAUUCUCGCACAUUCAGAACAACUACCGCAGCUGGGAGCGACAGGAAAAAAACAAAGCAUUACGUGCCUCUGUGAAGAUUCCAGGAAGGCUUAAACAGCCGCAGCCACAACCGCCGCCAUCAGUGCACCGACCUGGUCCGUCCGAGGACAAUGCCGUUGGCGAUAAUGUGCCAAGGGCCGAGCAGGGCACAGACCCAAAUGACGAGAAUCGGCGUCUCAUGCUCCUACAAGAGGAACGACAGCUCCAGACCCUGUCACCAGUCACCGUCCUUAACAAAGGCAAUUCUGAUCCGUUUAGCGCGUCCGCAGUCCCCAUCACUGUGGAAGAGAAUAGGAUUGUGACAUUCUACCGAGAUAUCCUUAUCCCUGCAACAUGGCGGCUCGACGUCAAAUCCAAGGACAACCUCGCAAACGCUCGUGCCAAAGUUGACUGGCGGGUCUGCUCCACAGGGUUACUGGACAAGGGAACCGCUCUGGCUUUCAUUGGCAGCAAUGCUGCACUUGUGGCAAUGUGCACAGGAGCCGACACUAGUCAAGGUCGGUCCCUGGUACAAAAGUCUUUGGUCUACCGUGCUAAGAGCACGGCUGCAUUGCGGCAGAAACUGGCCGGCAUAUCCAAAGUCGAUCCCUGGAUCUGGUGGCACAUUUUCAUGAUAUGGACCGCUGAGAUCGCGGCAGAAAAUGUCGAAGCAGCGCAAAUGCACGGGAAAAUGCUCAGCAAGUUCGUUGACCAGCACUUCGAGCAGGGCCGAGGUCUUUUCGACAAGCUCGACGAGAUAGGAUUGACGAUGAUCGAGCUUUUGUUUUUCUUUCUAUACGCAGACCUGAAUAUGUCCACGCAGCUCUUGACCCCUCCUGCUUUUGACGUUCACGAGUGGCUGCCAAAGGCCUUCGCACCGUUUCUGCGAGCCAUCGAGCCAAUCCUCCCCCCUGCGCCGUUGGAUUUCUACGCCUUUGACCCGACGAUCGACUCGGAUGAGAUGACGGCUUGCAUCAGGCUGUGUCGCGAGAUUUGUGCCCGAUGGCGCCGUAGGUGGUCCGAUGGGCUACCUGCCAAUGUUGCCACAAUGCUUCUCGGCUGGGGCCAGUAUAGCUGGGGCAUUGCUCUGGGAACACUGGUUAACCGCUAUUGCCGAUUCAAGCAGCUCGCCGAGACGGAUUCGGGACCAGAACUCGACUACGAUUACGCCCAGCAAUACAUUUCCAUCAGUGCUGUCAAGUGGUCACGGGCUCUUACUUUCCAAAACGAUGUCUGCGGUAAGAAUAUUUGGGCGGGGAAUGUGCUCGAAACAUUGCGACCUCUUCUUGUCAAGAGCGAGCGUCCCAGAGACAGCCCCGCAUGGCGUAAAUGGAAGAAUGCGAGACUCUGGGCUUUCUACGUCGGCGCCAUCUAUGAACAACGCCGUCAGCAGCCUGCCUUGAGCAGCGAGCUAUUUGAUGGUUGGUUCCACGAACAGUUUGCGCGUCAGGCUCACGAUAUGGGACUCCUCACCUGGGAAGACACGGUCGACAUUCUGAGUGGCUUUCUCUUCGAUUCCUCGGUCUCUCAAACACAAGGAUUCUGGUUCCAAGACACUAUGAAGCUACAAGCGGAGUCACUGCUGGCGGGAGUGUCGGAAACAGUGAACUAG